AUGUCGUCCGACAUGUUUCCACAAGACAAUUACAACACCAUUAGCCACGGAAUACAGGGGGCAUUCGUAAAGAGAUGGCACAAAGAGUCGUCAUCUUUCCACUUUCCGGUUGGAGAGAUGACGAAUACUCUGGACGAUGUUGCCUGCCUGCUACACAUUCUUAUCCGAGGGAGGUUCCUUAACCACUCUUGCAUCACUCGUGAUGUUGCCAUUGAGUGGAUUGUUGACUAUUUGGGUGCUCAACCAGAAAAGGCAGUUGAGCGGUGUUCCUCAACUAAUGGGGCACAUACAAAGUUCUCAUUCUUGAAGGACCUUUAUCACGACCAUUUUAUUACGACAACUGAUUCCGAGAAUGAGGGCGAUGACUUCUUUGUUCAGUAUCACUGUCAAUAUGCUUUGAGGUGUUACGUCAUGUUCUUGGUUGGCACGUCCCAUUUUGUGGACAAAAGUGCUAACUACGUGGAUGUACAUACCUUCGAUACUUCAUGGAUUUGGAUACGGUGA